GCUGAGAGAAACACCGACCGCGAGGAAGGAGAAGCUGCAGUGCAAGAAUGGAACUGAGGCUUUGUAGUCAGAGGAGAGUCAAACAGAGAGAUUAACUGAAAGAGAAAAGUCAGACUUGUUUUUCUUGUUCUUCAUAUCUCAGGAAUGCGGGAUGUGGUGGAGGUGGACAGCUCAGCUCAUUGCACAUACAGCUCAGCGUGAGAAUCGUUCUCUUGAUUUUGGAUUUAAAAACCACACUCAAAGGAAACUGAGGAGGAGGAAGAAGAACGACAGGACAAGAAAGAUGUCACAUCUUGCAAUGAUCCCGAGGAAGUCUUCAGGUGUUCAAGUCACAAAACCUGCUGGAGGUCGACCUCCUCCUGGUAGUCGACUUCUCUACAGCCAUUCUACGAAAGAGAAUGGUGCCAGAGGGAAAUCAAAAUCUACACCUUCAUUAAACGCUGGCAUAGAGGUGGAGCUUCUGAACCACUGCUUUGAUGAUGUGGAGCGAUUUAUGUCACGAUUACAGCAAGCAGCAGAGGCCCAGACUAUUCUCAACCAAAAGAUGAAGGCAAAGAAAGGAAGCCGGAAAAGCCAAAAGAAGAAAGAAAAGCAGGAUUAUGGUUUGUUGGCCAUGAAAGCUUGCCCUCCAACAGAAGCAGAAUUCAUAGACAUCUUUCAGAAAAUCAAGUACUCUCUGAGCCUGCUGGAUCGUCUCAAGUCUUCACUUGCAGAGCCGAGCGCUCCUAAGCUGCUGCAUCACGUCUUUUUGCCUCUCAGAUUGCUGAUGAAUACCACAGGAGGGCCGUUAUUCGGAGCAUCCGUGGUCAGUCCUGCUAUGACCAGUGGUGCUGUUUCGCUACUCCAGGACCAUCUGACAGACCAGGAAAAAUUGCUGUGGACUUCGCUAGGGCCUAACUGGACUUUACCGAGCUCACACCUUGGUGUGUCUGUCCCUCCGUACUCCCCCGUCUUCAUGGAUGGGUGGCAGCUUCCAGCCUAUGACUCCAGUGGCCAACCUUUGGAAGACCCCAUUGAACAACAGCACAAACACGAUGCGUUCAGGGAAAGGAGCGAGGAAGAAGCUCGAUGUAUGGCGAUCGAGCCGAUCUCCACUGACAAAAUAGAAGAAAGUGGACUUCCACCGGAUGGUGAGAGACUUUAUUACUGCACUUAUGACUUUGUGGCCAGAAACAGCAGUGAGCUCUCAGUGCUACAAGGAGAAACCCUGAACGUCAUUGAGUCAUCAAGUCGUUGGUGGAAAUGUCAGAACCGCUUUAGCCAAAUAGGAUUUCUUCCCUCGAAUAUCCUGGAGCCACUUUCAGCUUUGAGCAACACCCAAAAGGACAAUGCAACGAAGACAGCUCCAUCCUCAGUGUCCAAUAAAUGCUAUCCAUAUGGUCCAGCUGGUAUGAGACCUACAGCCAUCAGACCAGCGCGACAUCAGAGUAUGUUGGUAUCUUCUACAACAACAAAAAUAGAUGGAGACAAAGUCCAGAUUGUGAAUGAUGAACUUAAUCAACGGCUGGCCAAUGGGAGACAAAGCUCUUCUCACACUCCAGUGACUCUCCCUCCAGUGACUCACCGUCCAGUGACUCUCCCUCCAGUGACUCUCCCUCCAGUGACUCACCGUCCAGUGACUCACCGUCCAGUGACUGCCCCUGUACAUGACAAAUCUACUCUACUGAACUACAAAUCCCCAGCUGCUGAGGUGGCAGCAUGGCUCACCAGCAAAGGAUUCAGUCAACAGACAGUUCAGAGUUUGGGCAUUUUAACUGCAGCCCAGCUUUUCUCCCUGAAUAAAGAUGAGCUCCGUGCCGUAUCACCAGACGAAGGUGCAAGAGUUCACAGCCAAAUCACAGUGCAGAAAGCCCUGCUAGAGGAUGUGCGUAAAAAAACAGAACUCGAGGUGGCCAUGGAGAAGCAAAAGAUGAAGAUUGACAUGGUUUGAUGGAAUAAUCAUCCAUGAAAACAUGCUACAAAAGGAUACAGGUUAAAGGUUAUGAGGACAUACGAGGCUCCUCGACUACUCACAAGCCCGCCUCCCUGACUUUGAGACCAUCCCAGCCACUUACAAAGAUGUGAUUAUGUAAAA